AUUACAAAAGGAUUUCAUCUUUCCUUCCAGAUAACGUCUAACAUGAUUCACCGAGAAACCAAAAUGCAGAACCUGUCAAGCGGAUGUAACCAUGAAGGAGAGGAAGAUGAACUAGGGGGUAUUCUGAGGAUCUUGGAAAGGAGGCAAAGAUUUCUUUCUGCCUUGACCCAUAUAUAACGGAGAGACCAUAUACCUUUCUAUCUAAACAUGUCUUUGCUCCUGUUGGAUGAAACAGCAGGGGACCUGCCAGUCCGAGACACCAACCAGAAGCCCUCAGUGAUAGCAGCCAUACAAGAUGUCUCCUCAUCUGCUGUCCUCCCUGUGAAACCCCCUGUGCUGAAAUCCUUAAUGAAAGGGUCACGCUCAUUGGCAAGGACACGGCGCCAGAUAGCCCGAGUGACCCGCACAGAGCUGGAGGAUGGAUUUCUACGACUUCAUGAUGAAAAUUUACUGCUCAAAGAGUUUGCCCGGAAACAAGAGGACAGGAUCAAAAGGAUGGGCACCAAGCUCUCAAGACUCAGCCAUGAGCGAGUCCAACUUGACGGGAGACCAGGGAGCUGGGUUCGCAGUUCUGGACGGAACCUAGACCUGGAGGAAGAUUUGGAAGAGAUGCAGGAACGGGUUCGGGAGCUGGAGAGACACAACGAGGGGCUGAGGAACCGUCUCCUCUUUUACAAGCAGCAGCUGCAGCUUCAGGGCUGUGGGCGGCAUUGUCCAUAUAGCUAUGUCACCCCCAGGGUCAACACAGGACUUCGACGGGCAAACACUGCUGUUGGGCGGGUGCCGGAGAGGCUAGCCAAAGGGAUGCGGCUGCAAGGGCCAGUGGCCAGACCAACCCACACAGCCCCUCCAAGAUAUGGGGAUCGUGUUCUGGAGGGAUCCCGAGCAGAGAUGGAAAGACUGAGCCACCAUAGUCUGGUUCUGGCAGAACUGGGACCAGACCGGGAUUCCAUUUCCCCGCAUGGUAAAGAGACGGACCCAGAAAGCACCCACUCUCAGCAGCGUCACGUAGAAGUCCAGGAACGUCGGGCUGCCAUCCGAGACAAUGUGGAGUUGAUCCGGCUCCAGAAGCUUUUAAGGGCAAAUAAUUCAGAAUUGGCGCUAACCAAAGCUCAGUUUGCUGGCUUACAGGAAGCUUAUGAGACUCAUCUCCAACAGAACCAAGAGGCAUUGAGGUCAACCAGUGAGGCCUUGUUGACUCAGGUUGAGGAGCUCAAUACACACCUGAAGGAGGAGACCCAGAAAGUCACAACCUUACAGAGUCAGCUGGAAAUCCUUUCUCCCUUGCAGGGAACCCUGAAAGAUUUUCAGGAGCGCGUCCGUGACCUGGAGACCGAACGGGAUUUGCUGAAGAUGGAUUAUGACAAGCUCCUUGAGAGGUGAGAUUUUCUACCUGUCCUCUUUUUAACAUUUAUAGCCCUCAAAA